AUGUAUGACGAGAAAUCCUAUUGGGAGCAAGCGGGCGACAUUUUCUCCAACCUCGGCUACGAUGAUCCAGCCGCUCACGACUUGUUGGCGGUGGCCAAGCUCGACGUCGACGCCGCCGUGGUACCGUGUUCCCAGUGCCACCACUUGGACGUCAAGUGCAUUCCGCUCAACCCGAGCCAGUGUGUCGAGUGUGAGCGUAACCACCGCCAGUGUUCGUUUAUCCACGCCAACCCCAAUACGACUACCCCUCACCCGCGGCAGAAACGACAAAAGAUCGACCAUCCGUCGCCGCUAGGUAGCGCCGAGACGACGCCGCUAUCGAUGACGGCGCCGCCGCCGCCGACAAGCCAGCCGUCGUCGCAAUCGGCGCAACCGGCGCCGCCGCCCAUGCUUCUGAAUACCCGCAAACGAGGCUACAGCCAUACCACCCACCCCAUGCAACAGCAGCAUCAGCAACAACAACAACAACAACAACUGCAACUGCAACAGCAGGCGCUACCGCGACACGCCAGUCCGUCGCCCAACCCACAGUCGCAGACGAGUUUCCCGAAACUGUCGUUCUAUAUCGGCGCGACGCUGAGCGCCUACGACCCGCUGGUGGUAGGAGCAGUGUUUCGAGCUAAAGAGCUGAGCCAUACCCGUGAGCGCAUCCAGCGCAUCGACUUAGUGGAUAAUAACCCUGCGGAUGGUCGCGGUCCUCGCAGCGACGCUCUGCUCCGGAAAGUGGCGCCGCUGGUCCACUUCAUCCUCAAAGAUGACCAGACACCGCAACUGUUUGCCCAGCUGACUCAGGAUGUCGAUACCGUGGAGAAAUUGGUGACGCCGCACGGACCCAAUUUGGUCAACUUAUAUUUCAGAGUGGUGCACCCGACCUACCCAAUAUUGCACAAACAGGUGUUUUUGGAGAAAUAUCAACGCAGCCAUCGCGAGUUUUCGGCGCCGUUAUUGGCAGCAGUAUACGCGUUGGCGAUUCAGUGGUGGGACCAUGAUCCUCAAUUAAACCAGUUCCCGCGACCCGAUGUGGAAAAGUUACUAAAAGUGGGGCUGACUAACUUCUUUUUGGAAGUGUUAAAGCGACCAAAGCUCUCAGCCGUACAAGCGGGGCUAUUAUUGCUUCAGUGUAAACACAUUGUUGACCACCGCAAACUGACUAAUGUUGAGGCGCGCAACGCGGAUUAUAGCGACUGGGUGCUUUGUUCUCAAGUGGUGGCCCUCAGCGAGGAGAUGGGGCUCGGGCUCGAUUGCAGUGGCUGGCAGCUCCCCAAAUGGGAGCGGUCGCUCCGUAAACGGCUUGCCUGGGGGGUAUUUGUGGAAGAUAAAUGGCUCGCGUUGAAGAACGGGCGACCGUCACAUAUUCCUGGAUAUAAUUGGGCGGUUCCGUUAAUUAGUGAGAGUGAUUUCCCCGAGCGACAAGGACGGCUAAAUCUGGCAACUACGCCCCAUCUGGAAGCGCUGCCAAUGUCAGUAGGGUCGCCGUCGCCCGAUAUCGAGGCCGGUAAAAAGAUCUUUGUCCAAUUCGCUCUGCUUUCACGGAUAUUGGGCGAUAUCUUAACCGAGUUGUACCUGCUUCGCGCCAUGCAAGAGAUCACGGGUCUAUCACAAGUGCUCAAUGUGGCCAAACCGUUACAAAUCAGGCUCAAAGAGUGGUACCAAGAGCUACCCCAGGAGCUCCAGAUGAGCGCCGUGCUCCCGCAAAAGCUCUGCGCCAACGGCACCCUCCAGCUCGCGUACUUCGCCACCGAGCUCACGUUGCACCGCAAAAUCAUCACCAUCCUUUGGCAGGAACAAAAAGGCGGCAACCAAGUACCCCCGCAAUACGUCACUGCCUGCCACGACGCCGCCAAGACGCGGUUGACGGGGCUGAUUAAGUUUGUCCAGGAGCUCAAGCCGCAGCACAUCCACCUGUACUGGCACCUGUGUCUGGCGGCCAACUUCACGUUGAUCGGGACGUUUGCGGCGUUGUUGUACUGUCUGGCGCCGCUGCCCCAGGACCGGGACUUCUACCGGAGCCAGGCCAACCACUACCGGUACGUGCUCAAGGUGUGUUCACGAGGGUUUGAUCAGGCGGGCCAGGCGCUUGCCGAGAUCAAAUUGAUGUACAACCAGAUCCCCGGGCUAGGCGACGACGACUACCCGGUACCGCCGCCGCAACCGGGGCCGCCGCCGCCGCCGCCGCCGCCGCGCAACCGGCUCGACCGCAGCCGCCUGGAGAUGCUGGCGGCCACCGAUAAUUCUUUUCUGUUUCAAAUGGGGGACAUGCCUCAUCAGGGCAAAGGCCAUCUGGACAUGCUGCCGCUGGAGCUUAUCCGCCAGCAGAUGGAUGUGUACGACAAGAGCCCCCACUAA